AUGCCCUUGAGAAACAUUUUCGCAGGCUCUGCAAUUUCUUUGCUUCGCGGAGCGCUCCGAUCUGGCUGGCCGCUUCCUGCUUUGGAGCAGGCAUUGCAACGUCUGCUGCGAGGAGUUGUGUCUGCGAAGUUAGACCAGGUCUUGCUACUGUGCUAUGAGAUCCUGUCCUGCAGUGAGGAGUCCUUCAGCGAGGCUACCCUGUCGAUGCUUGUUGCGGAGCUCGUGGAUGUUGGGAAGUGGGAUGCUGCCCAAGCGAUUCUGCAGCAUGCCGUUUCGAUACACCAAGUGAAGAUGCGGACGCUGCAGCCGCUUUUGAGCGCAUUGGCCGCAGAAGGGGCCUCGAAUCGGCUUCAGAGGUUUUACGAAGGUCUGCUGCAGCCGGUGGUGUCUCGCCGGCAAGCGCGCCUCAACGGCGCCGCUGUGGCGGCGUUGCUCCGCGGCUUUGCUGACAAGCCGGCGCUGCAGGAGGAGGUGCUCAUUUUACUGUCAAAGACCGAACUCGAGAUGCCCAGCACGUGCCUGGACAAGAUCUCCGAGGCGCUUUCAUGCGAAGAGCUGAAAGGUCUUCGUUGCGAGGUUGUGAUGCGCCCUCUCUGCCAUCUGCGACGGCUUUGUCCGGAGGCAAGCCAUGUUGAUAUAGCCCGCGAGGGGGCUGCAGCGCUUCUCAAGCCGGAGACCUGCCGUCGAUUGAGCGCAUCGCUGCAGGAUGGAGGCGGCGGAGGCCCGACGUGCUUCGUGGAUGGGCCGAAUGUAGGAUACCGUGGUGCCGUGCAGCGACGUCAGGCGGCCGAAGGUAGUCGGGAAGGUGCAGGAGGCAAAAACUUCUCCAGGGAGGGAGACGUUGAGAUUAGCAACUUGCAUGCGGCAUACUUCCGACACGACCAGAUCGAAGCCACCAUGCUGCAUUUGCGCCAGCUGGGCGAGGUUCCCUUGCUGGUAAUGCCGGAACGAUAUAUCUUUGCCGGUGAUGCACAGGGACAUAAGGGGCCAAAGAAGCCUCUGAACUCAUUGGUGCAAAGCUGGUUGUCUGGCACCUCCCUCUUCGUGGUGUCUGAUGACGAACCGGAUGACGCCGUUUGGAUAUUUGCAUCCCUUUAUGGGAAGAACGGGGAUGAGGGGCGAUAUAUCGUAACCAGGGAUAAGGCUGCAAACCAUCGGGCAAGUAUUUGGGGCAUCGAUUUCGGGGACUCCCUUCAAGAUUUGGAACUCGAGCGCUCGUUUCGUCGGUGGAGCGCCCUCUACCUGCGCUGGCACGCUUUGUCUUGGGACGGCUGCAACCAUUCGGGGGCUGUGGCCGUUCGCAUCGACAGGACACCUCCGCUGUCCAUGGAAAUCCAGAAGCAUGAGGGAAUCUGGUACAUCCCCGAUACCUCUGGCGCGCGCUGGUUGCAGAUUUCUGGUGGAAAAAGCGUGCGAAAUCCAAAACCACCGAGCCCUCUGGCCUUCAGAAUCCGAACUUUCGAGCUUCCCGGUGAACCCUACUCCUCCUCCCUCCGCCCUUGCCGCUUUCUGGCAUGCUUAGCGGGGAUGGCUGUGCCGAGUUGUCCAAGGGAACGCUAUACUGUCGGUCAAGGCUUACUUACAACUCUUUCCACGAGCGAUGAUGUAACACUCAGCUGUGGUCCCACAGAACAGUCAGGCUCGAGCAGGACGUAUGAGAACAGAACAGGGUGGCUGUUUAAUUAUGGAUUAGUAAUCAGGUACCGAAGAAGAAGAAACCGCAGUCCUUACACCACGCAUACCUACACUACAUUACACGUCAUCGCAUCACAAUACUAUAUACCAUACAAUACACUGCAAAAAGUACAGUAUAUAGAUGCACAUACCGUGUUACCUGAAAACUAUAAUGGCGUUGACGAGAACCCAGCCAACCUCCGAUGCAGCCCUCCUUGCAUAUAA